AUGCAUAAUCCAAAAUCCGCAGCGUCUUUCCUCAUAGCACGUGCCAAGUCUCUUCAUCUUCGCCACUACAACUAUCGCUCUCUCACUUCAUCUUCACCCUCACUCUUAUUCAACUUUCAACCCUCGCUUUCUUCGUUCUUAUCCAACUCUAAACCGUUUAUAUCCACGCGCUUCUUCUCUGGAUACUACAAUCUCGAACAGUUCUCUGAUGAUGAAUAUGACUGUGAAUUUGAGAACCACCAGGCUUCAUCUACUGUUGCCAAUGUCGAUGAGUGGAAAUGGAAACUUAGUAUGCUGUUACGGAACGAAAAUGAUCAGGAGAUUGUAUCUAGAGAUAAAAGAGAUAGGAGAGACUAUGAACAAAUCGCUAACCUUGCCAAAAGAAUGGGACUUUACAGUGAGCUGUUUGGUAAAGUAGUUGUUGCAAGCAAAGUGCCUCUUCCUAACUACCGACCAGAUUUGGAUGACAAACGUCCACAAAGAGAGGUUGUGAUUCCACUAAGCUUGCAAAGGAGGGUGGAAGGUUUAGUGCAGGAGUACCUUGAUAGACUACAAUUAAAUUCUGAAAAGACAACUGACUGUUUGGAUAGUGUUAAUUCCACCAAUCAGGUUAAAGAUAUAGACAUGAAUGAAAAUGCCAAUUCUUUUGUGGAGGAGUCUGUUAUGGAAAAGGUUCUUCAGAAGAGGAGUUUGAGGAUGCGUAAUAUGCAAAGAUCUUGGCAGGAAUCUCCUGAAGGCAAGAAGAUGCUGGAAUUCCGGAAGUCUCUACCAUCAUUUAAGGAGAAGGAAGGUUUACUUCAAGCUAUAGCACGUAAUCAGGUAAUUGUUAUAUCUGGAGAGACUGGCUGUGGUAAAACGACUCAACUUCCUCAAUAUAUAUUAGAGUCAGAGAUAGAGUCCGGCCGCGGGGCAUUUUGCAGCAUCAUUUGCACACAGCCUCGAAGGAUAUCUGCUAUGGCAGUGGCUGAGAGAGUGUCAGCAGAGAGAGGAGAGUCUCUGGGUGAAACAGUUGGUUUCAAAGUUCGGUUAGAAGGAAUGAGAGGGAAAAACACCCAUCUGCUAUUUUGUACCAGUGGUAUAUUACUCCGAAGGUUGCUGAGUGAUCGGAACUUGAGUGGUAUAACCCAUGUGUUUGUGGAUGAAAUUCAUGAGCGAGGCAUGAAUGAAGAUUUCUUACUGAUUGUGUUGAAGGAUCUUCUUCCACGUCGCCGUGAUUUGAGAUUGGUUUUGAUGAGUGCCACUUUGAAUGCUGAACUUUUUUCGAAUUAUUUUGGAGGUGCACCGACAUUUCAUAUCCCGGGUUUCACCUAUCCUGUAAGAGCUCACUUUUUAGAAGAUGUUUUGGAAAUGACUGGAUAUAAGUUGUCUUCUUUCAACCAAGUUGAUGAUUAUGGUCAAGAUAAAUUAUGGAAAACACAAAAGCAGCUUGCACCACGAAAGAGGAAAAACCAGAUCACUGCUCUUGUUGAGGAUGCUCUUUCUAAAUCAAGCUUCGAGAACUAUAGUCCCAAGACACGUGAUUCAUUAUCUUCUUGGGCACCGGACUGCAUAGGAUUUAAUCUCAUUGAGGCUGUUCUAUGCCAUAUAUGUCGGAAGGAAAGACCUGGUGCUGUCUUAGUAUUUAUGACUGGGUGGGAGGAUAUAACCUGUUUAAGAGAUCAGCUUAAAGCACACCCUCUUUUAGGAGAUCCCAAUAGGGUUCUGCUUCAAACAUGCCAUGGUUCAAUGGCAACUUCUGAACAGAAACUCAUUUUUGAUAAAGCACCUCCAAAUGUAAGGAAAAUAGUACUUGCUACAAAUAUGGCAGAGGCAAGUAUUACGAUCAAUGACAUAGUUUUUGUUGUCGACUGUGGAAAAGCAAAAGAGACCACUUAUGACGCUUUGAAUAACACACCGUGUCUACUACCUUCUUGGAUUUCACAAGCAUCUGCACGGCAGAGAAGAGGUAGGGCUGGUCGUGUGCAGCCAGGAGAAUCCUACCAUCUUUACCCCAAAUGUGUUUAUGAAGCUUUUUCUGAAUAUCAACUUCCUGAACUUUUGAGAACACCCCUGAACUCUCUUUGCUUGCAAAUAAAAAGUUUGCAGGUUGAGAGCAUUGGGGAAUUCCUAUCAUCAGCUUUGCAGGCACCAAAGCCACGUGCCGUUCAAAAUGCUAUUGAUUUUCUCACGAUGAUUGGAGCAUUAGAUGAAAAAGAAAAUCUUACCAAUCUUGGGAAGUUUCUCUCCAUACUUCCUGUAGAUCCCAAGCUGGGAAAAAUGCUGAUAAUGGGGGCUAUAUUUCGGUGCUUUGAUCCUGUUCUUACAAUAGUUGCCGGCCUUAGUGUCAGAGAUCCUUUCCUCUUGCCCCAAGACAAGAGAGAUUUAGCAGGGACUGCAAAGUCUAGGUUUUCUGCUAAAGAUUACAGUGAUCAUAUGGCUCUUGUUCGAGCAUAUGAAGGAUGGAAAGAUGCUGAAAGAGAAGGAUCAGCUUAUGAAUACUGCUGGAGAAAUUUUCUCUCUGCCCAAACUCUUCAGGCAAUUCAUUCUCUUCGGAAGCAAUUCAGCUUCAUCUUGAAAGAAGCUGGCUUGGUAGAUACAGAUGCAAGCAUUAAUAACAAAUUGAGUCAUAAUCAAUCUCUUGUACGUGCUGUCAUAUGUUCUGGACUCUUUCCUGGCAUAGCAUCAGUGGUGCACAGGGAGACAUCCAUGUCAUUUAAGACAAUGGACGAUGGCCAGGUUUUAUUAUAUGCAAACUCAGUGAAUGCACGGUACCAGACUAUUCCUUACCCAUGGUUGGUUUUUGGUGAGAAAGUAAAGGUCAAUGCUGUUUUCAUCCGUGAUUCCACCGGUGUAUCUGAUUCAAUACUUAUCCUAUUUGGCGGUGCUCUAAGUAAUGGGAUACAGGCUGGGCAUCUGAAAAUGUUAGAUGGGUAUGUUGAUUUCUUUCUGGAUCCCAAUUUAGCUGACUGCUAUUUGAAGCUUAAGGAAGAACUUGAUAAGCUCAUCCAAAAGAAGCUAGAAGAUCCUAACAUUGACAUUCAUAAGGAAGGGAAGUACUUGAUGCUGGCUGUUCAGGAAUUGGUCUCCGGGGAUCAGUGUGAAGGAAGAUUUGUAUUUGGCCGUGACAGCCGGAAGCCUAAGGCCUCUAAUGAUGAGAAUAAAUUCACAAAAGAUGGAACAAAUCCCAAGAGCUUGCUCCAAACACUUUUGAUGCGGGCAGGGCAUUCCCCUCCAAAAUACAAAACAAAACAUCUAAAGACAAAUGAGUUCAGAGCAUUGGUGGAGUUUAAAGGAAUGCAAUUUGUUGGCAAACCGAAAAGAAACAAGCAGCUUGCAGAAAGGGAUGCUGCUAUAGAAGCAUUGGCUUGGUUAACUCAUACCUCUGACAAUGCUCAACAUGAAGACGAUAAAUCUCCUCCUGAUGUUACUGACAACAUGUUAAAACUCCUAGGGAAGCGUAGAAAAUCAAAACGACGUUUUGAUUGA